AUGUUGUGUCAGAACUUGCGAUAUAGAAUGCCAGAAGGAUUGCGGUCUAAGGAGGCCAAAAGACUGAUUAUACAAACUAUAUUGAUACUAGGACUGCUAUUAUGGGUUGAUUGCAAAUACGCGCCAGCUACAGAGAUGGUUUCUGAGGUGGAAGAGAUAAGAAAUGGACAGAAUAAGCACCGACAGCUGGAGAUUGAGCCAGAGGAAAGUUCAGAUAAUGAUUACCAAUCCGAAGACAUGCCCAAAUACGAAGUCCGUGAAGGAGAGCCAGAUAAGAAGCCGGAUCCAUCCGAUGAAGAGGUUGAAGCCGCUGCAACCAGAAUUACUGAAUUUCAGCAAGGAAAAGAUGCAUUACUAAAGGGUAAGCCAGAAGAGGCACUUUCCUUACUAGCAACAGCCCAGACUAAGCUGGACCAGGUAGAGAAUACUGAUGUUCGUGAGUGUGUGAGAAGAGCCAUCUGUUUUAACCGUGCUAAAGCUAUGAUUCAAUUAGAUCUUUUCUCAGAAGCCAGAACAGAGAUAAUGAGUAUGCAAACUUUGAAAAGGGAGGCUAUUACUUUGUUGCAACAAACCAUGUCCUAUGAGACUGUAGCCGACAAGAAGUCUGAGCAGGCAAUUAGUGAAGCACUGAAAACCGAUAUGGACUCGCCGGUGUUGUUAAAAAUGCGUACCAAGAUUCGCAUUAAGAAAGGACUUUACAGCCUGGCAUUGACUGACAUCAAGAAACUAGGUAAAAUAGAAGAGUAUCGCCAACAUGCUGAAGUAUUGGAGAUGCACUGCCACUUUUUGAUGGGAUACUAUAUCUCAGCCAUGAGCUCGUUAAAGAAGUUAAGUAAGGAAAUUAAGGCCUACCGCGCCAUUAAUGAUCAAGUAUCCAUUGUAAUGCGAGAUUAUGACACGGCCGACCGAGCCAGUAUAGGAAUAAUGGAUAAGUACAACAAAUUCAAAAAGCUAGCUAUGACCCGGUUAAAGAUUGCUUUGGCUUUAGACACUCGUUUUGAGCCGCCUCUACUAACUACCUUUAAGAACGACCUUCUGAACAAAAUGAUCAACAUGGCCAAAGUUCUUCCGAAUACUGGCGAGGUUCUGAUCUGCUCGCAGUUGUUGCUAGAUAUGACUCCAAAGCCCACUGAGGAGAAUUAUGUGCAGCACAUUCGUUUGUUGUUAGCGGCGAACAAGUUCCAGCAAGCCGAGAGUUUCAUUCUCAAGAAGCUUCCAGAUGGCUCGGCCAACCAGCAGGCCAUGCGAAAGCUGUACAACGAGCGUGCCGCUGAGCUGCGUAAGACGCAGGCCGACCGAAAGAAGGCCAAGCAGAAGAAGGCAGAAGAGGAUGCGCAAAAGGCCCAAGAGGAGUUGCGUAACCAAGAGAAGAAGCGCAGUGAGCGAAGGAAGCGGUUUGUGGAGUCUCGACGGGGCCAGCGAGUCUAUGACUCCGAAGGCUUCUACAAGUUCCUGGGCCUGCCUGAAGGAGCCAGUAAAGAUGACGUAAUGUCAGCCUAUCGACGCAUCAGUCGAGAAGCUAACAUGCUGCGCCGGAAGCGGUCGAAGAAGGGCAAGGACGAGAAGCGGGCGGAGGAGGACAAGCAGCGCAUUGUUAUGGCCAACAAAGCCAAGGACGUUCUGUCGGACGACAUUCGCAAAGCCGAGUACGAUAGUGGAUUGUACAUGACUGAGAAAGAAAAGGAGCUCUGGGGGUACAACGAUGCCGCCAUGGAGCAGUAUGAAGAGAAUGACGGCCGGCAGUAUCAGCGAAGAGGUGACGUAGGGGACAUCUUUGAUCUUUUGAUUGGUGGAGGGUUUAAUGGCGGCUGGAGUACUAGACAAGGCGCGGGACAAGGGGGCUACCAAGGUGGAUACAAUUACGGCGGCCGUUUCGGCCAGGGCAACGUGGUGUACAUCCCCAUGUGA